AAUUGUGCUCUCUAAUAAAAUAGUACGGAUCCCGUUAAUUUAUUAUUGUAUUGUGGGCUCGUAUUUCAUUAAUAGAAGACAUAAACAGUAACCAGCAACCACUAGCCAAAGUUAUCUGCUAUAAAAUAUUACGGAAUAGAAACUAAAAACUUGUCCACUCGGUGCGCUAGUAGUAGAGGGACCAGCUGUUUCAGAUAGACAGUUCACCGGUCAAAUUAUGGGAGUUCGAUACGCAACCUGUAUAUCUUAAAUCGUGCACGUAGUCCAAGUAAUAAAUAAUAAUAAUAACAAUGUUAAUAAUAAUAAUAUGUCAUUUUCAUAACAGACUUGUGGGUUUGUGAUUGUCUUUAAACAGUUUAAACGCCAAACGGUAAAGUUGAAUUUAAAAUCGUAUUUUUUUUUGUCUGUGCGUGAACGCGAUACCGUUGUCCGGUUUUGUUUUUUUCAAUUUAUUCACCCAACAGCUUCCUACGGUUUCAAAUUAUGGCUGGGUGGAACGAAAGUCAGUUACGGAAGUAUAACAUAAAAGUGGAUAAAAUACCUACCCUACAGUACGAUGAUCCAAAAGUAGACUCACUUCUCAGCAAUAAUAAACCAGUACUAAUCAAAGGAUCCAAAUUAGUUUCUCAAGUGCUAAAAUGGGAUUUGGAUUAUUUAGCAGAGCAUAUGAAUUCAAUAUGCUGUAAUGUAUUGGUAUCAAAAAAUCAUAAAUUCAAGUAUUAUGACCAAAAGAAAAUCACUCCUAAUAUGACGUUCAAACCAAUCAGUCGACCGAGCCCUAUGAUAUUUUCUGAAUUUGCUAAAAAAAUAAAAGAUUGGAAAAAAGGAGACUCCAGAUUAUACAUGCAACAAGUAUUGAAUAACUCAAUUAGCCAACGUAUUGUUAGUGAUUUUGUUAUGUUCAAUUGGGAUUGGAUUAUGUCAAAACAAAAAGUGUGUAAAUGGGGAUCUCUGACAUCUAAUCUUCUUUUAAUUGCACAAGAAGGUAAUGUUACUCCGUGUCAUUACGAUGAGCAACAAAAUAUGUUUGCUAGCAUUCGAGGGUAUAAAAGAUUCAUUUUAUUUCCACCUAGUGAAUUUGAGUGUUUAUAUCCACAUCCAGUUCAUCAUCCGUACGAUAGACAAAGUCAAGUAGACUUUGAUAAUCCAGAUUACAUAAAAUUUCCAAAAUUCAAAGAAGCUUGUGGAUAUGAAGUUAUAGUUGGACCUGAAGAUGUCUUAUAUAUACCAAUGUAUUGGUUUCAUCACGUUGAAUCAUUGAUGCAUGGUGGCUGUACAGUUUCAGUAAACUUUUGGUUCAAAGCGGGAUCCGUUGAAAAAAUUGAGUAUCCUUUGCUAGACCACCAGAAAAUGGUUAUCAUGAGAAAUGUGGAAAAAAUGUUAGCUGAAGCAUUGCAUGAUCCAAAUGAGGUUGGUAAUAUGCUGAACACAAUUGUUUUAGGUCGAUACACAUCUGAUACCAACUAAUAGUUCCCAUUAUAGUAUAAUAUAUAUUAAUUUAAAAAAAAAGAUCUGAUUGAAUAAUAUUUAUUCAAACAAUAAGGUUAUUCAAUGCUUUUAGUUAAUAUAGAACAAGAUAAAUAUUGCAAUAUUUUCUACUGGUGUUAUUAUUAGUUUUUUUUUAUUUUAAAUAGGAUUGGUAUAAUUUGUUAAGCUUUAACAGUCACCAAUAGAUAAAAAGUGGUAUCUACCACUUAGACAUAUUGUUUUUGUAUAAUAUAAACCUUAGAUCAUAUAAACUGGAUAUAUAGACUAUUGUUAUAAUACAAGGCAUACUAACUGCGAUACAGAUAAAACUUUAUAUGCAUGAGUACCGAAUACUAACACAUCAUUCAGAUUUUGUCUUAACAAUUCCCUCUUGUAAGUGCAAUUUCUUUAAAUGCAAAUGGGAAUUGUAAAUUGUGGUGCCACUUCUUUAUAUUUCACAUGUAUUUGCAAUGUUUUGCGCUAUAUUUAUAUUCAGUGUAUAACAAUAUGAUCAAUCUACUUCAAACACAUGUUAAACAUAAGACAUAUUUACUAGUCAUCCAUGCUCUACUAUGAUCGCAAUAAUAUUUUUUAUAAUUAUUAUUUUAUUGUAUUUAUAUUAUAGUAGGGUAUGGACAAUUCAAAUUCACAUUAUUUAAAUGUGAAUCAUACUAUAGAAACCAUAACAUUUAUAAUAUGAACCUUAAUUUUUGAUAGUAAUUAGAAUAAAUUUUGUACAUUGCUUGUACGAACAGUUUGGUUUUAAAAAUGAU